AUUAUCCUUCCUAAACUCUGAGGAUUCUCUGACCAACAACACAAAACAGCAAGACAAACGAAUAGCAAAACUUGUUUAGAGAAUUUAAUUGUACACAAACCAAUAACACUUAGUAUCCCGAGCGAAUAUAAUCAUAUAAUUGUAUCAUAUAUAAUUUAUUAGAACACAUAACAAUAGAGAAAAUGAUAAAGACAAAUUCUACAACAUCCAAUUCUACUACUACUACCAAUGUAAAUAAGCCAGUUUUUACAAUUCCUGCCUCUUUCCUUGCCGAAACAUCUCUUUCCUCCCUUGCCAAGUCAGCAUUUGUUCAAGAGAAGAAGAAUCAAGUCAAUAAUAAGAAGACUUUACCAAUGAACAAAUCUACUUCCACAUCUACUAAUAACAAGACUAAUAAUAACACUACAUCGAGCCAUAAUCAAUAUACUACUACAACUACCAAUAAUAACAACAAUACAUCCACUUCAUCAUUUGCUGCUAAAAAGCCAACAGGUCUUCACCUUAUUUCACUGGAGGAAAAGUUGCAAAUGUCUUCAUCCACCACAACUAGUAAUAAUGCAUCAACAACAGUUAAAUCUCCACAAACUACUACCUCAACAAAGACUAAGAAUACACCAAAGAAGAAGAAACAAACUAAGGAAACAGCUGUUCCUCAAAUUGCCCUUGAAAAAUCUCCUUCCACUCCUAAGGACCUUAAAGGAAAACACAACUCCGAUCAAGAAGUAUUCAGUGAUUGUGAGGAGUUGGAAGAUAGAGCUACUGUAAUUCUCCUCUCUGCACGUUCAAAAUACAGUACAACAUUAACCUCACCAAGAAGCUCACUCUCUUUGGCUUCAUCUACAUCCUCUGAUGAUUGUAGCAGUGAAGCUUAUCAGAGUGCACAAAAAGCUAAACUUGCUUCUUUGGAUGAAGAAGAGGAAUAUCAAGCCAAGACUUCGAAUGUCAAAUUGAAAAAGUCCAAUCAAAAGUUGAAAAAACGUGUUCAAACCUUGACUGAAGAACACAAUGCAGCAUUGGAACAGCUUUCCAAGCUUCAAGAAGAAUUGGUCUCAUUAAAGACCAAUUUUGAAAAGCAAUUGGAAGAAUCCAAGACUUCUUCCACCAAGAAGAUUGAUAUUUUGAUUGAUAGAACUCAACACUUCAAGGCCAAAAUGAAGAAGACAAGAGAAGAAUUGGAUCAAAUUGAAGUUAGUGUAAUUACUCCACUUCGUCAAUCAUUGGAAAAGAAGAGUGCUGAAUUUGAGGCAAUUAUUGAAUCAAUGAAGACCCAAUUGAAGGAGCAACAUGACCAUGAUGAAAUUUCAUGGAAACGUAUUUUGAAUGAAAAGGAAUUGGAUUUUGCAACAAAAUUAGAAUUGGUGCAAAAGGAACAACAAACAGCUCUUCAAACUGAACUCUCAUUGCGUUCAGAUUUGGAAAAGAUUGUCCAAGCAAGAACUGAAGAAGUUACAAGUUUAAAGGAGACAUUCAAAACUAUUCAACAACUUUUGGAAACAAAGAAGAUUGAGGAACAAGACUUGUUGAAAAAGUCUACAUCUCGCGAAGAAGAACUUUUAAAUUUACUCCACCAAAAGGAAUUGGAAAAUCAAAGAAUUAUGCAAGAAAAUGCAAUGCUCAAGAAGCAGGUUGAAUCUCUUUCCAAAGCCAUCCCAAAGAGUGUUGAAGUAGCCGAAUGGAAGCAACAAUUGGCCAUUCCUCAAAGAGUUGAAGUUGACAAGUCUGCUCCAGCCUCUCUCAGUGUGUGGAGACAGAUGCACGGAAAUUCACGAACAAAUAAUGCUCUUCGUGGUACUUUGGCCAACUUUUUAAAUAAAUGUUAAUCCAAUUUUUGAUAAA